AUGUCAAGCAAAAGUGAGAAUUCGGAUUUUAUUGACAUGGUCUACAAUUAUGACUGGUCUUCAACUCAGUUUGGUCCUAUGGAUACUUGGGAUCCUGCUCUCAGAAAUGCUGCGAAUUUAUGUCUCAGAACUGAGUUUCCUAUGUGUAUCUAUUUCGAUCCCCCAAAUUGGGCAUUGUUAUAUAAUAAUGCAUUGGGAAAGCUGGCUAAAGAUAUUUGGCCCGAAAUAUUUGAGACUUAUAUGAAUACAAGGUUUAAUCGUGUAAUAACAACCGGCAAAGGUUUUUUCGGAUGCGAUCUACGUUGUAAAGUACAACGUGAUGAAUAUGAUGAAGAUGCUUACUUUACCUAUACAUAUAGCCCAAUUUUUAAAUCUGAUGGUACAAUCUGUGCUUUGUGGUGUUUAGCGCAAGAAACUACUCAAAAAGUUUUAAAUACUCGAAGACUUAAAUUACUUGAAGAUUUUGGUCAUCUUACUUCUAACAUUGAAUCCUUAGAAAGUGCUUGCGAUAUUAUAACAAAAAAGUUAAAAAACAAUGAAGAUAUUCCUUAUACAUUUAUUUACUUUGUAAAACAUAAUUUAAAUACUAGUUCUGAAUCUUCUUUAAUCGCUCAUUUAAUCUCUACGACUUUUGAUGAUGACGACAAAGAAAAAAGACAUAUUCCUGAUUAUUUACCAGAAACCCAUGAAAUAAUUGAUUUAUCUAAAGAUGUUAAUAAGAGCUAUGGUACAUAUAUAGAACUAAAACGAAUCAAUAUUCAAUCGAUAAUCAGAAAAUUGAGAAUGUUGGUACUGAUAAAAUAA